UUAUUUGAUAUGUCACAGUUCAAGACGAAUUACAAAACAUUUAACGUCGGCAUUUUUAAUGAAUUAAUAAUCUCGAAAAUGACUGUUAUAUCAUCUGACGCUAAAUGCUUCGUUACGUAAAAAAAUAAACAUGGAAAAAAAAGAUGGCGCAACUAAUAAGAACGAUGCUGAACAUACUGUCGAGAAAAUUGCUUAUAGAAUUAUUCCAGUUCCUUAUUAUUACCCAGUUCCAGUAGAUCCAGAAUGGUAUUAUGAAAACCAUGAAAGACUAUCAAGACAGAGUGAGCGUUUAUUUGGAUUUCCAGAACCUCAUUUAGAACACUUUCGUCCUUCGUUUUCACGACCACGUGUUCGUGAAGAAUACUCUUUACCUGACGAUCGGUAUGAAAAUCGUGAACGUUAUAGAAAAUCGCCACUAUCCAGAUCAAGCCAUAUAAAUAAUCGCGAAUACGAAAGAGAGUACGACAGAAGGCAAAUCGAUGACGAAGAAAAACAAAUACCUAUUGUAAAAACAAGCGACUCUUUUAAUAACGGUCGAACUUCAAGAAAAAAUCUAAAAAACAACAACGGUGAUACGGAUGAUUUAGAUCUCUCUAGUGACGAUUGCCACAGCGAUAAAGCAACUAGCGAAAACGGACGCAAUGGGCAGCGCAAACAUUAUUUAAUGAGUUUUCCCUACGACCAAAAAGAUGACGAAAGUAAGACAAGUGAAAUAGAUGCAAUGGUAGUUGAUGAUAACCAGCCAUCCACUCCACAAGAAUCAAAACAAUCGACUGAUUCCCAAAAGGUGGAAGAACAGAAUGAUUUAAAAUGUGAAAAAAAAGUUAAAAAUAUUGAAUCAAAAGAUUUAGAUCGUUCGCUAAAGCCAAAAUAUAUUUAUGAUGGAGCUCAUCAACCAGUUAUUCCUAGCAAUGUUCCAUAUGUGGUUUUAAAAUCUUCUCAUUCACACGAUUUAAUGAGGGAACCACGUUACUCUAUGCGAGAUAUUGAUAGUCCUCGUUAUGAGCCACAGUAUACGCAUUAUUCAAACAGUCACAGUCGCGCCUCUUUAGAGGACAGUAAUGAAGAUAUGGAUAAAGAAAUGCGUUAUCAUUCAAACGGUAGACGCGCGCGCACUGUCUUUACUCGAAAGCAAUUGAUGACAUUAAAUAACGUAUUUGAAAAACAUCCUUUUGUGUCAGGUGAAAAAAUGAGCGAGUUAUCCGAUCAACUUGGACUGGACAGAAAAAUAGUUAAAAUUUGGUUUCAAAAUAAACGACAGUACGCAAGAAAAAAAGGGUCUUUGGUUGAGCGCGAAGAUGAUUAUUAUUACAAUUAUAGUCAUGUGUUCACUUCCGGAACCCCAACUAUGGCUGAAAAAUGGAAAAACGGAAACUAAACGGUUUUUUAAAAUUGCUUUAGAAAAAUAAUGUUACAGUAAUUUUGAAUGCAUGAGAUAAUUCUGACUAAUGCAAUUCAUUGAGCUAUUUUCUUCAUAUGUCUUUAAUGAAAGACAUUGAAGCAGCUUUAGAGCAGAUGCCUUAGGCAGCAUAUGUUCCAACUUACUUAAAUUUGACAGCCGGUUAUUAGAUAUUAUAAAUAGACGUAAAUUGUGUGAAUUCUUUAGAAUGUUAUUCUAAAUAGUUUAGUUGUUUUUACCCACAAUCCUUUAGGAUGUAUAAAAAUCUGUUUUUUAAAUCAAAAUUUGGAGCUUUUUAUUUUAUUUUAAAAGUAACGAUAAAUAUAAUCCAUAUAUUCUGUAAAGUUUUUUUGCCGGUAUUUAAAUUUCAAUACAAGUUGUUGCCACUAAUUUCAUAUUUAAUAAGACCCUGAGGUAUCAUUUCUGUGAUCGGGUUUUGGUAUUUUUGAUAUGCUUGUUUGUUUGAGGGUUUUAAAGCAUGCUUUUAUUGUAAAUACGAAGUUUAGAUUAAUAUACAGAAGUUUAAUUUAGUAUAACAAAUAAAAUUAAUAAAAGA